AAUAAACCAGACGCUAACUGGACACCAGCUAAUAAUUCAUCCUUUAUUCUGCGCCUGUAUUUAGCUUCUGGAUUGGUCUCCGUUGUAUGAUACUUCUUUUGCUGUUAUAAUGAUAAAUACUCAUGGAACUUUGUCUAUGCUAUACUGCCUUCUUCGUCCAUAAUAAAUCCCACAAUAUCUGGACAUUGCGGUGACUCUGCACUUGCUGUAAAGUUAGAACUAGAGACCAAUUGCGGGUUCUGACAAGGAGAUUAAGAAUAUCCGAAGAACUACCAACAACAGGUCAAAGAAAACGAGAAGGGGAAAACAAAAAUAUGGCAAAGCCCACCAAAGAUGCCUCAAAUAAUAAACUGUCAGCAUAUACUACGAAGCCCCCAGAUUCGUCUUCCAAAAAAGGCAGACUCUCAACAGCGCCAGCCCCCUUCACCAAAGUACCACAAUCGCUCAACCCAUUCCUAGCAUCCCUCUCACCAAAACAUGUCUACCUCAUCCACCUAGACACACUCCCAGAAAAGCACAAACGCCAGAUUUUCGCCCUACCCCUCUUCCUAAACAUAGUCAUCUCAGCCUUGAUCCUCCUAAGAGUCUACACAGGCUACUCGACCUACAUCGACAUUCUCGCCUUGGCGUUCGGGCAAGAAAGCCCCGCGCAAGUCGACACAGCAAAUGCAAGCUGGUCGUAUCUACUCACCACCCUCCUCCGCAGGACCCUAACCUUUCUCUUUGAUUACCUUCUCCUCGCCAUCCUCCUCCCCUGGCCCGUCCGCUUUGCUCUUGGACCCGCUCGCUGGCGCCGCAAGCUCGGCUUCCAAGCCCGCGAAGUCAUCGUGCGAAAAAGCAGGGCGUCGUGGAGCGAUGGGCUAAAGCCUCCAACGUGGAUCCGGGAGGAUAACGAGACGAUAAUGACCAAGGUCAUCCCAGCUGUCACGCCGCAGCGGCUGCUGAAAACCGGGUAUCUGCUCAUUGAUGCGGAUUGGGAUCUGGAUUUUGCGGCAAUGGUCAAGGCGCAUGAGCUUGUUGUGGAGGGGUUGCUGAAGUUUGAUGAUUUUAGGACUUCAGUGCUUGUGCAUGGGGGUGGGGAGGAAGGGGCUGAUGGGCUAUGGUGGCUGAUAUGGAAGGUUGGGGCGGAGGAUGGUGGUGCUGGCAGAGGCGCGCGGGCAGCAGAUGGAGGAACGCUGUCAAAUCCCCAGCGAGACAAAAUUAUCAUGUUCCAGGAGAAGCUGGCGUCGAUGGGGAAGGAGGAUUUGUUUUUCCGUUGGGUGGAGUUGAUUCAGUAUGAGAGUACCCAGCCCGGUGGAUUUACGCAUGAACGACAGAAAAAGACGAUGCAGGAGACGCAGCAGCUGUUUGAAGACCAAGGGGUUGAUUUUGAGAAAUUCUGGGCUGACGUUGGAGGGAUGGAGGGAAUAGACAUGUAAAUAUGGAGCUAUGAAGGAUGUAGGAUACCACUUUUUUCUUGACAAUUUUUUUAACAGUACAGAAUUUCAUUGGUGACCGUCCUAAGGAACCUGCUUGCGCUC